UAGUAUACAGAGCCAUGCAAAAGCUUGCCGUUUCCAAGCUCUCGCCAUUUGGGGUAAAACGCUCUCUAUCUCACGGCCCUUUAUCUUCUCAUCUUCUCUAUAUUUGGCAACCCUCACACCCUCUUUUCCAAGAUUAGAACAAGAAAACCCAUUAAGGGGUUAGGGAGAUAAAAGAAGAAGGAGAGAUAGUAAUAAUAAUAAUAAUAAUAAAAGAAAGGUUUUUUGAUUGAAAGAUUGGAUUUUUCUUUCUGGGUUUUGAGUUUUGAACAAUUUUGGCAUCUGGGUUUUUUUUGUUUGUUUGGAAACUGCAAGAUGGGUAGGGGUAAGAUUGAGAUCAAGAGGAUUGAAAAUGCUAAUAGCAGACAAGUCACAUUCUCGAAGAGAAGGGCUGGUUUGCUUAAAAAGGCCCAGGAACUUGCUAUUCUCUGUGAUGCUGAGGUUGCUGUUAUAAUCUUCUCUAAUACAGGGAAACUUUUUGAGUUUUCGAGUUCUGGUAUGAAACGAACACUGGCAAGGUACAAUAAAUGUGUAGAUUAUCCUGAAGGUGCUAUUGUAGACAAAACAGAGAAGCAAGACUCCAAGGAGGUUGAUGUUUUAAAGGAUGAAAUCGCAAAGCUACAAAGGAAAAACUUACGUUUGUUGGGCGAAGACUUAAGUGGAGUGAGCUUAAAAGAAUUGCAGCAUCUUGAACAUCAACUAAAUGAAGGAUUAACUUCAGUGAAGGAGAGAAAGGAGAAAACACUGAAGGAGCAACUAGAGCAAUCAAGACUACAGGAGCAGCGCGUUAUGCUUGAAAACGAAACAUUACGCAGACAGGUUCAAGAGCUUCGAUGUUUAUUUCCUCGAGCUGACUGCACAGUUCCAUCAUAUCUUGAGUACUACCCCAUUGAAAAGAAAAAUUCUAGUGCUAACCAUAGUGACAUUGGUCCAGACCAGAACUCCCAUUUCGCAGCCGAGAAAGGAGACUCUGACACUACCUUGCAUUUAGGGUUAGCUAGUGAUGCUUACAGAAAGAGGAAGUCUCCUGAGCAAGAAAUGCACUCCACUGACUCAGGAAGCAACAUGGGCCUCCUUUGAUUCUUUUCACGGAAUCACACAGCAAAACCGAAAUGAAUUUGGC